AUGUUUUCCUCGGAAGACGUCUUGACUCAAGCCAAAGAGAGUCUCCAAGUCUUGCUGCGAACAACCAAACCGGCACCAAGCGAAGUCUCAGUCGCAGUCGAGUCUCUAGAGCGGCUCAAAUCCCGCUUAGGAGAUGCUCGUCGGGCGCGAAUAGCACUGCGGGAGGAGACAGUGCGAGCUACAGAAGCGGCAUCUUCCAUCACUGCAGACACAGAACGGAUCGAUCGGAAUAUUAUUGACGCGAAGCUGCAAGCGGGGGAAUUGCUUAGCGAGAGGGACCGAGUGGCAAGAGACCUGGCCCGUGCACGACGGAAAUUGGCGCGACUCGAUGAGAGCGUCAAGGAGAUGCAGGCGGCGAGGGAUCGGGGGGAAGAAAGUAGUGGGGACGAGAUGAGUGAGAGAGAAGAAGAGGUGCGCAGAGGCAGGAUUGCGAAGUCAGAAUUGGAACGCUUGAAGUCUGCGGAGAAGGAGCUUGCUGAAGUGACAGGUCAGCUCGGACAGGUCAGACGAAGACGUGAAGACCUUAAAGAAAAGUUGCGCAUGGCUCAAGACGAGUGGUAG